AUGGCAUCUCUCCACGCCCAGCAGAUGGAGAUGCUCUUGGCGUGCACCUGCAACUGCUUCUCCUCCGUGGGGAUGCUCCUCUUCAACAAGCUGGCAGUCCAGGCGCUUCCUCUGGAGUGCAGCCUGGUGUGGCUGCAGCUUUUCUUCGCUGCCUUCUUCAUGCUCAUCUUCGGCUUCCCCUACUUGCACAUCGGCUCCCUGCGGGACUUCCUGCGCUGGUGCAUGGUGGUGCCCUGCUUCUGCGGCAUGCUCUUGACCUCCAUCCUAGCCUUGAAGAGCGCCCCUAUGUCCCUAGUCAUCGUACUUCGCAGUGCCUCACCACUCUUCUCCCUGCUCAUCGAGCGCUUCUACCCUGAGCCACUUCGGAUCAGCGGUCAGAUGGUCGGCGCCAUCCUGGUCAUGGUGGCCGGGGCGGUGAUGUACGUCUCGCAGCUCCAUUCGGAACACUGGGGGGGCAUCGGAUGGGUGAUGCUCAACAGCGUGGUGGCUGUAUGUGAUCGGCUGCUUCAGCGCCUCUUGCUGUCCAAGGAGCAGCACCCGGUGGACAUCUCGAAGACCGGUAUCACGAUUAUCAACAACAUGAUGGGGCUGAUCCCGGUUGGCCUUGCAGCCUACUUCAUGGGCGAGGUCCAAGCGUUUCCGGCGGCCUAUGCCCACCUCACCAGCCUCGACAAGGUCUACAUCGGCUUGAGCUGCGUCAUCGGCCUUUCCAUCGGCUUCACGGGGAUCUGGGCCCAGAGUCUCAUCAGCGCGACCAGCUUCCUCGUCAUGGUCAAUGCCAACAAGUUCGUCAUCAUUGGCAUCGAAGCCUUUGGUAUGCAUACCAAGGUGCUGACGCAUGGUCAGAUUCUCGGAGCCUGCCUAUCUAUCCUCGGUGGCAUCCUCUAUGGAAAUGCUCGCUCGCAAAUUGAGCAGGAGGACGAA